CAAAUCUCUCCCUCUCUCCCUCUCUCUCUCUCUCUUUCUUACUCUCUUUCUCACAUUUUUCUCUCUCACACACACAGACACACACAUAGAGACACAAACUUUGUUGGCAUUAAAAGGCCCGAAGACGCUAAGAAGCGCACCAACAACAACAAGCAGCUGCUUAUUCUUAUUAGUAUUAUUAUUACUAGAAGUUUAUUUAUUUUCUAACACAAACUCCAUGUAGUAGUAGAAGAAAGAAAGAAAGAAAGAAAGAAGAAGAAGACGAAGAAGAAGAAGGCACUGCAACAUUUCAAAGAAGAAGGCCUCUACUGUUUCAGACCAAAAAUUAAAGGAAAACAAAGCGUUUCUUCCCAAAAUAUGGAAGUAGAGAAAGUGUUGAAUUUGUUGAAGCUGUUGGUGGUGUCGAUGGUGUUGGUAGUUUUUGUGCUGAAAGGCUUAAUUCUGCUGUGGUGGAGACCCAGGAAAAUCGAAGAGCAUUUCUCAAAACAAGGUAUCAGAGGACCACCUUAUCGUUUCUUACUCGGGAAUGCGAAGGAGCUGGUGAGCCUAAUGUUGAAGGCCUCUUCUCAACCCAUGUCUUCUUCUGAUCACAACAUUCUUCCCCGAGUCCUCUCUUUUUACCACCACUGGAAGAAGAUUUACGGUGCAACUCUUCUGGUAUGGUUUGGACCAAAUGUUCGGCUAACAGUAGCUGAUCCUGAUCUCAUUAGAGAAAUUUUCACAUCAAAAUCCGAAUUCUAUGAGAAAAACGAAGCUCAUCCGCUGAUUAGGCAGCUUGAAGGCGAUGGUUUGCUCAGCCUCAAAGGCGAAAAAUGGGCUCACCAUCGAAAAAUCAUCACCCCUACCUUUCAUAUGGAAAAUCUCAAAUUGCUAAUACCAAUGAGUGCAAAUAGCGUGGUGGAAAUGUUGGAGAAAUGGUUUGGGAAAAACAAUGAAGUCGAAAUUGAAGUCUCAGAAUGGUUCCAGAAUCUGACAGAAGAUAUUGUAACCCGAGCUGCAUUUGGCCGCAGCUACGAGGAAGGAAAAGCCAUCUUCCGUCUCCAAGCUCAACAAAUGGUUCUUGCUUCUGAGGCUUUCCAGAAAAUCUCCAUCCCAGGUUACAGAUUCCUGCCCACGAGAAGGAAUAUGAAGUCUUGGAAACUGGACAAGGAAAUCAAGAAAUCACUGGUGAAGGUGAUCGAUGAAAGGAAAGAGAAUUGGGUCAGCGAGGUGAAAGAAAACGGGCCCAAGGAUUUACUGGGCUUAAUGAUUCAGGCGAGCGUGAACGGGAAUUUGAGGCGGAGCGGCAGCGGCGGCGCCGGCGGGAAUUCGACGCCGCCGUCGGUAAUCACGGUGAAUGACAUCGCCGAAGAAUGCAAGAGCUUCUUCUUUGCUGGGGAGCAGACAACAUCCAACUUGCUGACGUGGACGACCGUUUUGUUAGCUAUGCACCCAGAAUGGCAGGACCGGGCACGUGACGAGGUGCUCAAGGCGUGCGGAUCACGUGAUAUCCCCUCCAAAGAUGAUCUUGUCAAGUUUAAGACGAUAAGCAUGAUACUUAAUGAGUCCCUCCGGCUAUACCCACCGAUCGUGGCUACAAUCCGGCGGGCAAAGGCUGACGUGGAGCUAGGAGGAUGCAAGAUCCCUGGUGGGACCGAGCUACUAAUUCCAAUCCUAGCCGUACAUCACGAUCAAGCCUUAUGGGGAAGCGACGCCAAUGAAUUCAACCCGGCCCGAUUCUCGGAAGGGGUGGCCCGGGCGGCCAAACAUCCGGUGGCUUUCAUCCCGUUUGGGUUGGGAGUCCGGCAAUGCAUUGGCCAGAAUCUGGCGUUGCUUCAGGCCAAGCUGACGCUGGCAAUAAUGCUUCAACGGUGUACGUUUCGGUUGGCCCCACGUUAUCAACACGCACCAACGGUCCUGAUGCUUCUAUACCCGCAAUAUGGUGCUCCAAUCAUCUUCCAGCGUUUGCCCGAUCAUACGAUUGGUCAAAAUCAAGGGUCCUCCUAAAGUUCCAACUUACAACCCAAAACUUCGAAAAAAUUCCCCCCUCCCUGCAUAUACAUUGCAAGUUCUCUGGCUGACCCAUAUAAAAAUUAUAUAUAUUUUUUCAAGAAAAAAAAACCCCAAAUUAGGAAGUAGGAAGUAAUUAAGUGAAACCCCAACAUUGUUAAAAAUCUCCACCCUGCUACCUCCAAUUUUUUCUUCCUUUUUUUUUUUUUCUUUCCUGCACUUAAAAAUUGACCCACUGAUGAUCUCCUACCCGAAGAUUCAAAGUAGUAGUAGUGAAGAAAGACGUUAUCUGUAAGUGUUGGAAAACCCGCUUUGCUGCAAAGAAAGAAGAAGCAGCAGGGAAGCUAAUGAGCAAGUAAGGGCAGUGUUAGGAUUUAGUUUGUGACUAAUUGGAAGCUUCGACCAUCAUCUGUGUAUGUAAUGUAUAUUGUCCAAAAAGUUCUAACACAGUUUUGUAAUAUUAUUAUUAAUUAUUAUAUCUUCAUCAUCAAUCCCCCUUUCUUCGUUCUCUCUGUAUAUGUUAUUUGCCCUGUUUUUGUCUUUUUGUUUUAAUGAGUG